AUGUGCCUGUUCUAUCUCAGUGGGCUCCAAGUGUACCGGCUCACCAGGGGCGGAGAACCCAGUCUCAGUGGGCUCCAAGUGUACCGGGUCACCAGGGGCGGAGAACCCAGUCUCAGUGGGCCCCAAGUGUACCGGGUCACCAGGGGCGGAGAACCCAGUCUCAGUGGGCUCCAAGUGUACCGGGUCACCAGGGGCGGAGAACCCAGUCUCAGUGGGCCCCAAGUGUAUCGGGUCACCAGGGGCGGAGAACCCAGUCUCAGUGGGCUCCAAGUGUACUGGGUCACAGGGGCGGAGAACCUAGUCUCAGUGGGCCCCAAGUGUACCGGGUCACCAGGGGCGGAGAACCAAGUCUCAGUGGGCUCCAAGUGUACCGGCUCACCAGGGGCGGAGAACCCAGUCUCAGUGGGCUCCAAGUGUACCGGGUCACCAGGGGCGGAGAACCCAGUCUCAGUGGGCCCCAAGUGUACCGGGUCACCAGGGGCGGAGAACCCAGUCUCAGUGGGCUCCAAGUGUACCGGGUCACCAGGGGCGGAGAACCCAGUCUCAGUGGGCCCCAAGUGUAUCGGGUCACCAGGGGCGGAGAACCCAGUCUCAGUGGGCUCCAAGUGUACCGGGUCAUCAGGGGCGGAGAACCCAGUCUCAGUGGGCCCCAAGUGUAUCGGGUCACCAGGGGCGGAGAACCCAGUCUCAGUGGGCUCCAAGUGUACCGGGUCACCAGGGGCGGAGAACCCAGUCUCAGUGGGCUCCAAGUGUACCGGGUCACCAGGGGCGGAGAACCAAGUCUCAGUGGGCACCAAGUGUACCGGGUCACCAGGGGCGGAGAACCCAGUCUCAGUGGGCUCCAAGUGUACCGGGUCACCAGGGGCGGAGAACCCAGUCUCAGUGGGCUCCAAGUGUACCGGGUCACCAGGGGCGGAGAACCCAGUCUCAGUGGACUCCAAGUGUACCGGGUCACCAGGGGCGGAGAACCCAGUCUCAGUGGGCUCCAAGUGUACCGGGUCACCAGGGGCGGAGAACCCAGUCUCAGUGGGCUCCAAGUGUACCGGGUCACCAGGGGCGGAGAACCCAGUCUCACCUCACUCAAACACCUACCAUUGGCGUUGUUUGACUCUAAGGGUGUCUAGAAUAUUCUGUAGACCACGCCACUGA